AUGCAGCCAUUUCCACGGGUCCCUUCCGUUAAUGCCGACUGGUCUGGUGUCGUUCGAUACGACGGCGGCUCCGACAAAGACGAGGAAGUUACCUGUGCCGUCUGCCUUUGCGAAAUCGAAGAAGACGACGAGAUGAGAGAGUUGAGAUGUGGCCAUCUCUUUCACAAGGACUGCUUGGAUAGAUGGCUCGGUUAUAGCUAUUCUUCGACUUGUCCCGUUUGUCGUACGUCGUUAAUGGGUAAACUAGUUGCCGGCGUCGAAGUUCUGGUGUUUAACUGUUUCUGGUUCGACUCCGACCAUCGCCGUGAUAACUGGUGGCUGCGCUAA